UGCCAGAUUCGAUGCAGCACUCAAGCAAGCGAGCACAGGGAUCACCACGUGUACAAGUAGUACGAAACACUGUAGCGGUUUUAUCUCUCCAUCCAGGCCCAUCCUAGUGCCCUGAAAAAACGAUUGAGUGUCCACUUCUCAAUUGCGACAGAGAAUAGAGACGCUUGAGUUCAUAUAUGUACACGAAUUAAAAAAGGAAUGAUUUUUAUCCUAUUAUUGUAAAUAACUUUUGCAGGUAAUUCGAAGGAGGCGUUUGAAUAAUGGAAGUCGAUCCACGACAGUACGAAAAUAUUGCUAUCAAUGACAAUGACAUACAUAACAUUGUCCUGUCAUAUCUUGUGCAUAACUGCUUCAAAGACACUGUGGAAUCAUUUGUUGCUUGUACUGGGAUUAAGCACUCUGCUGAUCAUUUUGAGGACAUGGAGAAAAGAAAACGAAUUUUCCAUUUUGCAUUGGAGGGAAAUGCAUUGAAGGCCAUUGAACUGACGGAGCAACUUGCACCUGACUUACUGGACAAAAAUAGGAACCUGUAUUUUGAUCUUUUGAGCCUUCAUUUCGUUGAGCUUGUCUGCUCUAGGAAAUGCACAGAAGCUCUGGAAUUUGCCCAGAUUAAAUUGACUCCUUUUGGAAAGGAGCAAAAAUAUGUUGAGAAGCUUGAAGACUUCAUGGCUCUGCUAGCAUAUGAAGAACCAGAAAAGUCCCCAGUGUUUCAUCUACUUAGCUUGGAGUACCGGCAGCAUGUUGCAGACAAUUUGAAUAGAGCAAUACUGGGUGUGUAUCUGUCAGGAUCCUACUUUCCUUCAAGUACUUACACUGUUCCUAGGAACCUUUUUAUUUCCCACCUUUUCCAUCUUCCCAUAAAUGUCACUUGCUGGUUAUUGUCUCAAUGAUCUCUGUUCUACUGAACUAUUUUUACUGGUUCCUUGUCUUGUGACUCGUGGUAUUGGCAGCACAUGCCAACCUGCCCAACUAUUCAGGGGUGGAAAGGCUAAUACAGCAGACGACAGUUGUUAGACAAUACUUAAAUCAAGAGCUAGGCAAGGAUGCGCUUCCACUAUUUUCGUUGAAGGAAUUUCUCAAGACCUAGACCAGGGAAGUUCCUCGAAGCAUUACUGUCAUUGGACGAUCUGCCAUAGUUAUAUCUGUUUAAUACGGUGUUGCUAUCUGGUUUUUUAGUGUAUUCUUUGGUCUCAAGUGAAAUGUAGUCAUCGAUGCUUGCAUAUUCUUCAAAGGUUCUUGGUUAAUACAAGGUUUCAUCGAAUCAUGAGUGCAACUCUGCUGCUCCCCAUUCAUUCUCUUCUUGUAGCCAUUUUCUUACGUAAUUAAGUAUGUCAAUCGUGUCGGGUGAGAUGGGGUUUGUGUCAAGUUUUAAUGAGUUCGUAUAAAAAAAUAUUUACUAAUAUCCAAUUUGUUAAUUAAUAUGUGUUUGACGAAUUGCAUCGUAUACGGUUCAUAUCGUAUAUGACUGAUAUAUAA